GAAAUUAUCGUAAAUUAGUUUCUUGAUUGACUGCCCGUGUUGUUUAGAAAAAAAAUAUCAUUCUAUUUAAAGAUUUCUUAGCACGAAGUUAGAUUGGAAAUAUUUUUCUGGAUUCUUAAUAAUUUCUUACUUACAGACUUCGUAAAUAAAUGAAGAAUUUUAUAAAUCUUAAAUAAUUUCUUAUUGUUAUUCUAGGAAAUCAUUAUGGUUCUGAAGCUAUUUUCUGUGUCGGGUACAAUUAAGAAAAGACUGCUCUGUAUAGUGCUCCUUGUUGCCUUGGUCGUUGUACUAUUUUCAUUAUUGUUAGACAAUUCGCAGAAUAAGAAAAAAGACAGAAAAUUGAUUGAAAAUUUUAAACCACUCGAUACAAAUUCUCCGGCACCUUUCGAUCCGGAAAUCAUUCCGAACUUUGUCGGCAAUAAAAAUAAUAAAGAUGCAGAAAAAUCAACACUUCACGUUGAAAGUGAAAAACACAAUGUAGAACCCGAAAGAAACAUUCCUCCACGGUUCUUAAAGAAGCCUACAACAGAAAAAAGUAAGUCAUCUCGUGUACCGGUCAACGUGGCUGAAACGAUCGAAUUUAAAGGGCCAUCUAAUAAAGAACAACAAGAAAUUGUCAAUGCAUUCUUACAUGCCUGGAGAGCAUAUGAAAAAUAUGCCUGGGGAAAAGAUGAAUUACAUCCAUUGUCUAAAUCAGGAGGAACUUGGUUCAAUUGUGGUCUUACCAUACUGGAUAGUUUAGAUACAAUGUGGAUAAUGAAUUUAAAGGAUGAAUUUGCAAAGGGACGCAAAUGGGUAGCUGAAAGUCUCAGGUUUAAUCAUCCCCAUGUACAAUUAUUCGAGAUUGUGAUCAGGGCCCUUGGUGGAUUGUUGAGUGCAUAUCAUUUUUCAGGAGAUGCAAUUUUCGCUGAAAAAGCGAGAGAUUUAGGCAAUAAGCUAAUGCCAUGCGUCAAAGCUGGCCUUAUUCCAUGCCGUUUUGCAGAUCUGAGUAAUCCUAAAUCAAAUAGAAUUGGUGACCAUUCAACUGCAGAGGUUGGAACAAUUCAAUUAGAAUUUAGAGAUUUGGCAAGAGUUUUUGAAGAUAAAUCUUAUGAGGAUCCAGUAAACAAUAUUAUGAGGAGAUUAGGAUCAGCAGACAAGUUUGACGGUCUUGCUUCUGCUAAUGUAAACUCUCAGGGAGAAUAUCAAAGAUCUGCUACUGUAGGCGCUGGGGCCAGCAUUGAUAGCUAUUACGAAUACUUGGUGAAAAUGUGGCUACAAGGUGGAAAGACCGAAAAUGAUUUGAAAAAGGACUACAUAACAUUCGUGGGUGGUAUGAAAAGACAUUUAUUGAAAUAUACAAAGCCUGGUAAUUUAGCAUUCGUUGGGAGUCUCAACGGAUUCCAUGGCUCUUUUAGAAGCGAAAUGGAACAUUUAGCAUGUUUUCUACCUGGAACAAUGGCACUAGGUGUAAUGAAAGCAAAUAUGCCAAAAGACCAUUUGGAUAUAGCUGCCCAAUUGACAGAGACUUGCUACCAAAUGUACGUGAAGCAACCAACUGGAUUAAGUCCUGAAGUUGUAUAUAUGAAUACUGACCCUGGCAGUUCCAGGGAUUUCGGUCAAUCUGUAAGUGCAUUAUAAUUCAUAUUAUGAUAAUUUCUGUUUAUUUCAAAUUUGUGUAAUAUCAAAACUUGUUAGGGCUAUAAGAUAUAUUUAUGACCCAUUUUGCGGUUUCGGAUUCGGUACUAGGGAAUAUAAAUAAUUUAUAAGAUGUUAUUUUAAGAAAGAUAAUCAUCUGAAUAUAUUCCUAAGUGGAAUAGGCUGGAUGAGGGAAAGGUGGGGAGGGGGAGUAAGUUCUGUCACAUAGCUUUGCGUGUUUCGGCGAAUGGCAAAUAUCUAAAAAAAUAUGUAAAUUUUACAUCAUUAAUGUCAACAGAAUCUAGUCCAAGUUAAACAAGUGAUGUAUAUAACGAUAAAAGUGCAGAUAUUUAUAGAUGAAUAUAUAAUGCAUCGUACAUUGUAUCCAUUUUUACUGCUUUUUUUCUAUUAUAGUAAUUGAAAGAUUUUAUUAUCGAAAAUAUCUUUAUUUAAAUGAAAGUAUUAUUUGAUUUAAUCUCUGUAGAAAACUGUAUAAUUAGAUAAUUAACUCGGGAUAUUAGUCUUCGUUCGUGAGCGGAAAUUUUCCGCUUCGGUGAUAAAGUGACUUUGCUUAGAAACGGACUCUGGAAGAAUCUCUUUAUCCUUCUUUUAAUGACAUUUUUAUAGAUUCAUAAACUGAAUGACAUUCUGUCAAAGAACAAUUUUUUUCUCACUUUAGAUAAUUCAUUAUCUUUACUGGAAAAAUGUAAAUGCUUACAAAAGAAAAAGCAAGUCACUUAUUAAUUUAAAAAAUUAAGACCUAAUUACCGUUAUUCCAUUCAUCGUAUAUUAAAUUUCUAUUUUUAGAUAUGUUGGCGUCUAUAAAUUUGCAUUUGUUUCUCACAGGCUGGACCCGCUUAUAACAUUCAGAGACCAGAAGCUAUUGAGUCAAUAUAUUAUAUGUAUAAAGCUACAAAAGAUAAAAAAUAUCGCGAUAUGGGCUGGAAGAUCUUUAAAGCAUUUGAAAAGUAUACUAAACUCUCUGAAGGCUAUGAUUCGAUAGACAACGUUUAUGACUCAACAAACCCUGGUCAUAGGAAUAAAAUGGAAACGUUCUACUUAGCAGAAACACUUAAGUAUUUGUAUCUACUUUUCGAUGAUAACGAUGAACUGCCUCUAGACAAAUGGGUUUUCAAUACCGAAGCACAUCCACUACCGGUAUAUAAACCUGAUUUUUGGGAUUCUAUAGGCAAAUGAGAAUAAGGUAUUGUUGAUUUAUAUACUCUGCAGCAUUCAUCUUUUAUGCAGUAUCGUUUUUAAAAUAACAAAUAGACAACACACUAUUUCAAAUGUUAACAUGUUUUAAUAAUUAUUGUGCCAUGACCAUAUCAAUGGAAAUGCUAUAAAAAAUGAUAUUAUAUCGUGAAUUCCGUACCUUUUACGUCAUUUUUCUGCUGUAUAAUAUUUAUACAGAUGGCAUCAGUUGUUUAGACAUUCUGUUUGACACAAACCACUUUAAUUGUUAAAGAAGACUAUUGUAGUGUUGAACAUUGAAUAUUUUGUGAAUAAUAUUUCUGUUUUUCGUUCUUAGGCAUAAUGCACAAAAUUAUCAAGUAUUUGCUUUCUUGUUUAUACUCUAUAUAAUGUAUUGUGACCUUUGAUAUUAUUACUGCUUUAUGAUAGACAAUCCCUAAAAAUAGAAAGAAAGGCUAUAAAGGAAGUUAGCUUUAUUUAUGCAAUAUACGACAAACACAAUGUAGACAUGUACAGUAUUUUGUUAAGAAUACAUUGUCUGGUAAGAUUUGUCCAAUAAAUGCAAAAUAAAUUGUAAACUCUGUAGUUUAUAUUUGCUACACUGCUUUUUAAGUUAUUUUACAGAAAGAAAUCGCAUAUGUUACCAAAAUACCGAGUAAUAGGUUACUUAUUCA